CUUAUCACAAUUGUAUGCCACUUGGCAUAACAUCAUAUUAAAUAGCUUAAUUUUUGUUUUGUUUAUAUUUGACUUCUGACUGAGUUGUGAAUCUGGUCCAGCAUGUCCCAUGUAUCUCACAGCUCAAGUCUUAACAAGGUCCUGCGCCAGCAAUACCUCAGUUUGCCUCAGGGAGACCUCUGUCUGGUCACUUAUGUCUGGAUCGACGGUGUGGACCUGUGUAUCAAGACUCGAACCAUGGAUUCUGAGCCAAAAAGCAUAGCAGAUAUACCAGAAUGGGACAUGGCUGCAUCAUCCGUCAUUGAGAUCCUACUGGCUCCUGUCUGUAUGUUUAGAGACCCCUUCCUUUUGGACCCUAAUAAACUGGUGCUGUGUGAGGUGCUUAAGCACACCCGGGAACCUGGAGAAUCGAACCAUCGUAACAGCUGUAACAAGGUCAUGGAAAAGGUCAAAGACCUUCACCCUUGGUUUGGAAUGGAGCAAGAAUAUACACUAUUUGGAGUGGAUGGGCACCCUUUCGGCUGGCCAAGAUUUGGCUUCCCUAAGCCACAAGGUCUGUAUCAUUGCAGUGUUGGUGCUGACAGGGCCUUUGGCAGAGACAUUGUGGAGUGCCAUUAUAAAGCCUGUCUGUAUGCUGGCAUCAAAAUCGGUGGCACUAAUGCAGAGGUCAUGCCCUCUCAGUGGGAGUUCCAGGUGGGACCAUGCAAAGGUAUUGACAUGGGAGAUCAUCUGUGGAUGGCCCGUUUCCUGCUACACAGGGUAUGUGAAGAUUUUGGGGUGGUUGCCACUUUAGAUCCAAAACCCAUGAAAGGAGAUUGGAAUGGAGCUGGUUGCCACGUCAAUGUGAGCACUGUGCACACCAGAGAGGAAGGAGGGAUUUGGCAUAUUGAGAAAGCCAUCGAGAAUCUGAGAAAGCGACAUGAAGAGCAUUUGCGGGUGUACGACCCACACUGUGGCGAGGAUAACAAGCGUCGCCUCACGGGUCUUCACACGACCUCCAGCAUCACUGAAUUCUCAGCAGGUGUUGCUAACCGAGAGGCCAGCAUUCGUAUUCCUCAUCAGGUGGCUCAAGACAAACGCGGCUAUUUUGAGGAUCGCCGUCCUGCUGCCAACUGUGACCCAUAUGCUGUGACCUGCACAAUUGCCCGCACCUGCAUGCUGGAGGAGGAAGACGUCCAUGAAUUGGAAUAAUGCACUCUUUAAAACAAAUAGCAGUUAUUUAGAAUGUUGUAAUGAUGUAAUAAGCUAUAUUUGACAUAACACGAUUUGUUUGUAUAACAUGGUUAUUGAGCUUUGUGGUGUCUCUAAAUCUUUGGACUAUACUUGACAAGGUAAUAUGUAGGUUACAGUGUCUGCUUUCUCCUUAUGUUGCCUAAAUUUGUAUAGAUGUUGAAUGUAAUAAACAUUUAAAGCACUGAUUUGGUAAAGCCAGAUAUGUUCACAAGUCCCUGAAGUCUCAAGGCUUUUGGUCUAUUUCUUUUUUGGAAAUAGUUCUUUAUCUGCAGCUGGAUAGUUUAAUAAACCCUGUAUAAGGCUAAUUCAAUUUUGAAAUAUUAAA